AUGAACCGAUGUUCUCACGAGACCUUCGAGGGCUCGAGCCAACGCUCAAGUGUCUACGAGGAACUCGUCGGGCUGCUGAAGAACCUACCUGAUCAGGAUGCCCAGGCUAUCCUGCAAAGGCUCAGAUCCGGAACAGACGUCGCAUCAGUUGUCAAUCAGGCCAGAGCAGGCAAUGUAUUACUUCAGAUGGCCGUCGUUCCCGAGACGCGAUUACGAUACGAGUUCCCGUACAGAUCGGAGAUGCCCAAAGAGUUCGAGCUGAACAAUCCUUAUCUGAACUCAAUGCUGUAUGAAACAGCCUCUCUCUAUUCUCAACAUCAGAUAUCAGAGACAAACCUAACCGGCCAUCUCGCGAGCCUGAGUUCCGAAGAGCAGAGAAGCCCUUACUUGAAGCCCUUCCAUGCAGCACAAGUAUUCGAUCCUCUCCUGUCUGACGUCAAAGUCUCGGCGUGGACCAGCGUCUGUGACGACGACAAGCUCAUGCGGGACCUCUUGACUGUACUCUUCCGUUGCGAGUACCAUUUCACAGCAGCAUUUCACAAGGAUCUAUUCCUAGAAGAUAUGGCAGCGCGUCGCAAAGACUUUUGUUCUUCACUCCUUGUCAACGUAACUCUUGCAUAUGCUUGCGUCUGUUACCCUAAUUUCACCAACCGUGUCGAGUAUUGGAACCCGAACACUCUUGCUUAUCGCUUCAUUGCCGAAGCCAAGCGACUAUGGGAGCUGGAGGCUUCUAUUCCACGUAUGACUACCAUUCAGGCAGGUAUCCUUUUUAGUGUGUUUCAUAAUCUCUGUGGGCUAGACGAAGUCGGGAAACCUUAUAGGGUGCAUGCUGUGGCUUUGGCCAACCAGCUUCGCAUCUUCGACACCAUCGACAUUGCUGAGAGCAAGAGGAUACAGAGGGGCACCGAAAACCUGGCCUGGGCUAUGUAUAACUGGGAAACUCUCUCUGCUUUCUCUUUCAUGCUGUCGCCGCUCAUCAAGGAGCCACCAAGAUGGCCGCUUCCAGAUCCUUCAGAAGAUCCGUCGUGGUAUGGCGAAAUAUGGGUCAAGUACCCUUUGAAUCACGGCCUUUCAUCGAUGUGUCUUGGGGAGGUUGUCCAUGCUCGGAGCCGGUUCCGGAUCAUCAUGAAUGAGUUUUGCGACGCAGCAUACUCAGAAGGUUCCAAGGUAGGAGUUAACCUGGCUUAUCAGUUCCGCGGAAGGCUGGAAGAAUGGUUCGAAAGCCUACCCGCAUCUCUAAGUCCAAGGAGAAUUGUUCUUCCUGGCCAGCUACAACUACAUAUGUACUAUCACCACUUACUAUUGACGAUCUUCGAGCCUCUUUAUGAUGCUGAAACGACUGGAGAGCCUUCUCCACAGCGUAUCGUAGCUGGCUCGAAGAGAAACAUGCAGACACUUGUCAGACUAUACUACCUCCGGCAUGGCUUUGAAGCAAUGGACCUCUUCAUCGUCGUCCCUCUGAUGGUAAUGGGUUACGAUAGUAUAGAUGCCAUCAAGGAGGAUACGCCUACAGAAGAAAUUGAGUUUCUACGAUCGACUCUCAUCCUGAUAGCCCAAGGCCUCUACUACCAACGAAGAAAUCACUACUUGGCGCAAGCACUUUUCAGAGUCAUCCGAGGCAAAAUGCGCCCCCAGGAGAUUGGCUUGCUGAAGAGUUCAAUGGCGCUGGAUAGAUACGAGGCUGAUCCAGAGCCGGAGAUGGCAGUGGCUGUUCGAAGCCACUGGCCAGUGAGCGUUGUUAAGAAGCGUGAGGACAUGGAGUCACACAUACUGACCAAUCUCGUGGAGAACUUUGGCCGUGUCAAUAUUGAGGAAAUUCCGUGA